ACAGAUGUCAACAAGAACGAAACAAACCUGUCAGCAAUAGUCUAAAACCCUGUAAAAGAAGAAAAAAGAAGAAGAGAGAGCCUGUCAGCAGUGAUCGCUCCGGGAAAACAUAAUUAGGUGCAAAGAUAUUUAUCACGGCGAACAAAAAGGGAAUAAGAAUGUUUCUGAAAUUCUCGUAAAUAAGACUGGUUAAGUGGAGUAGUCAUAAUCGAUUUAGCUUUUGUAAAAUUGCCAUACAAUUUAGGACUUACACUUAAUGAAGAUAAUAACAGCGUUUCAGCAUUUAUUGUAGAAUAAUCAGCAGGGUUUCAGUAUUUGAUUAAAUAUCAUUAAUAGUGGUUCAUUACAUAACAUUUGAUGCCAACAUUUUUUUUUCACAACAAACCAAUGUAAAUGUGUCAAAAGGGCAGCCACUACAGGCUUCUUCUAAACAUUUACCGAUAUUUUAAGCAUCACUUCCCAUCAUAGACAUAUUGUUGUCUGAAUAAAUUCUCAUCACUGGGACUCAUGUUAUGUAAGCAAAUAUCACGGAGGCCAGCAACUGACAUGUUGCGCAGAGAAAUACGUAUGAGACGCUAUCGACAGUGGCUCUUGCUUAGUACUGAGCUUCAAGACCCAGGGGAUCCUCUCUCCAAGUAUACUAAUGAAGAAUUUGAAGACAUAUACAGAUUCUCCAAAGAGUCCUUUUGUCAUUUGCUAAACAUGAUUCAAGGAGACCUUGAACGUUCAGACAACCGUGGUAGGCCACUGCCAGCAGUCUAUCAACUUCUAAUUGCUCUUCACUUCUACUGCAGUGGCUCUUACCAGAAAGUUGUUGGGGAUCAACAUGGUCUACAGGUCAGUCAGCCAACAGUAUGCAGGACUAUCCACAGAGUUUCAGAAGCCCUGGCUAAACGCUAUAGUCAGUUUGUGAGAUUUCCAUCUCUUCAAGAAGCUGCUGAUAUACAUUCCAAAUUUUAUGAAGUUGCACAAUUUCCUAAUGUUAUUGGAGCCAUCGACUGCGUCCACAUGCGAAUUUCAAAUCCAGGAGGAGCAAUGGCAGAACAGUGCAAAAAUAGUAAAGGCUGGUACUCUGUCAAUUGCCAGGUUGUAGCCGGUCCAGAUCUUAGAAUUCUUAGGGCAAUUGUUCGCUGGGGAGGAAGUGUACCAGAUUGGCAGAUAUAUGAGAACUCUCGGCUAAAAGAAGUCAUGGAACAAGGGGAAUAUGGACAUUUGGUUGGGGAUUCUGCUUAUCAGUGUCAGAGAUACCUCCUGACACCUGUGGUUAACCCAACAACGCAUGCAGAGAAGUGUUACAAUAGAGCACACUCUGCCACUAGACAGAAGGUGAAGCAUGUCAUUGGAAUAGUGAAAAGACGCUUUCCUUGCACAAGCCAGGAGCUCAGAUCAAAUCCCAAAACAUCAUGUGCAAUCAUAUUAAGUUGCUUUGCAUUGCAUAAUUUUGCUCUGGAACGCCAGGGUCCUCUUGAUGACUCUGAAGCAUGGUAUGCUCCUGAUGAUGGUCCUCAGGACAGAUACACAGGAGACUAUGACCCAGAGGGAGAAUCCUACCGGCAACACAUCAUUUAUGAAUGGUUCAGUCAUGAUCCUUCAGGAAUUAACUAUCAUCAGGAUGAAGCCAAUUGUGGGAACCAAACUUGGCACUAAGACUGCAAAAAAAUAUUUUCAUUUUGUUAAUAAUACUUGUUAGAAUCUCUUCUUUUCUCUAUGUAAAAUUGAAUUGAUAUGAAGGCUUUCACAUAAAAAAAGCUACAGAACAGUAGCUUCAGAAUUAAUGAAUACAGGACCUGUGAUAUGAAUUAACUGUGUAAUAUGAAGAAAAAAUAAGGCACAAUUCAUUUGGAACAUGAUAAUGUCUUUUGUAUUUUUUAUAUAGUUUUGUGAUUUCUUUUUGUGUGAUGCAGAAGAAAACCCAUUCA